AUGAGCAUCUUAAACUAUCAGAAACAGUCAGGGUAUCUACUGGUGGCCCUCCAAAUAGCACCGGUAGUCCUGUUACUCUCAUGGUUUCUCUACCAGCGUGUCCUCUCACCAUUUGCCAAAGUCCCGGGGCCCUAUCUGGCCAGUCUUUCUAGAGUAUGGCUUGCGUAUCACUCAUACAAUGGCGAUCUUCACGUUGUGAUGAUGCGUCUACAUGAGGUUCAUGGCAAGAUUGUACGCAUUGCGCCAAACGAAGUGAGUAUCUCAGAUCUCACAUCUAUAAAGACAAUCUACGGCGCGGGGUCUAAGUUCCGCAAGUCCGACUUUUACAGCGUUUGGCAAGGAAGGCGCAAGUUUGACAUAUUCCCUGAACGCGAUGAUCGGGUCCACUCGGCUCAGCGUCGUCUAAUCAGUCGGCCAUAUGCGAUGACAUCGUUGAGAGAGCUCGAGCCAUACGUGGACAGCGCCAUCCAGGUGUUACUCGAGAAACUUGGCGGUAUGCUUGGAAGAACGGUGGAUUUAGGCAAUUGGGUUCAACUCUACGCUUUUGACGUGAUUGGAGAAGUUACCUUCUCAAAACGAUUCGGCUUCAUGGAUGUCGAGUCUGACGAUGGCUCCUUCAAGCAAAUCGAAACUGCGCUAAGAUCUGCCGCUUGGAUUGGACAAGUUCCAUGGCUAUACUGGCUUUUUGACUACUUGUCUCCCGUCAUUGGAACGUGGCUCGGCAUCUCAUCUCGCCAUGGAAGUCUGCGCAAGUUUGCUGCACGCGAAGUCGCUGCUAGGCAAGACCGAGGAUCCGAUCACCAAGACAUUCUCACCAAGUUGCUUGCCGUUCACAAAGAGAAACCCGAGCACUUUGACUACUCCGACUUAGUUUCCAUGGCAAACUCGAACAUCUUCGCUGGAAGCGACACCACCGCAAUCUCGAUUCGGUCAAUCAUCUAUCAUCUUUUGAAGAAUCCUAAAGCGAAGCGCCAAGUCAUUGAAGAAAUCGACGAGCAUUGGAGACAAGGAAAGCUCAGUGAUCCGAUCACUGUUGUCGAGUCCGAGAACAUGCCUUACUUGCAAGCGACAAUGUACGAAGCCUUGAGAGUCCACCCUGCCGUCGGCAUGACUCUACCUCGUGUAGUGCCCCAAGGUGGCUAUGAUAUUGGCGGCUACCACAUGCCCGCUGGUUCUGUCGUUGGAGUCAAUCCUUGGGUCGUUCACCGUAGCAAGGAGGUAUAUGGCCAAGACGUCUAUUCGUUCCGCCCCGAGAGAUGGCUCAAAGAGGAUAAUGGAGACAUGCACCGUUUCUUCUUCGCAUUCGGAUCCGGAGCUCGGGUGUGUCUUGGCCGGAGUAAGUGA